UUCAGUGAAGAUUUCCUUGGAAGCUCUAACGCCUCGCGUUGAGGUGAUGGCGUUGGUCCUACCAGAGGUUCUGGUCAGACGAUCGGUCCCAGAGCGGACCGGGGCUCCUCUUCAUGGGACAUUCCAGCCUCGCAGCCCCUCCCUGGAAGUCCCUCACUGCGCAGGCUCGCGCCUCUCCGCUGUCAGGGCAAGGCACACUGACAGUAUGGCGGCGGGGUACAGCUGGAAGGAUGCUACUGUCGCCCGUGACGCGUCUGUCGCCUGGAGGACGUAAAUGGACUAGCGACGGCGAAAGGAAGAGGGGAUUUAACGAGAAAGGCCCAACGCCGUGAGCCGCGACCAUGGCCCGGCUCGCCGACUACUUCGUAGUGGUCGGCUACGACCUCGACAAACGAGCGGAGGGUGAAGGUCAAGGUCGCAUUCUCCAGCGGUUUCCUGAGAAAGACUGGGAGGACAGCCCGUUCCCACAGGGCACAGAGUUGUUCUGUCAGCCCAGUGGUUGGCAGCUGGUUCCCCAGCGUCAGCCUCCGUCUUUCUUUGUAGCGGUUUUGACGGACAUCAACUCAGAGCGUCACUACUGCGCCUGCUUCACCUUCUGGGAGGGCCUGGACAACCCCCAGUUGCAGAAAGUUGGCACUAGCGAGGCAGAUGAGGCAGACGAGGAGCCAGCUGUGGUCCAGCCAGCGAAGGUCUUUGCCCCAAAGAGCCUGGUGUUGGUUUCUCGACUGGAUUACACUGAAGUCUACAGGAACUGUCUGGGCCUCAUCUACGCCGUCCAUGUAGAUUGCCUGUCUGUUCCCUUGGAAACGGUGGUCGGAAAUCUCCUCACUUGUAUCAUCCCUAUUGCUGGUGGUUCUCAGAUAGAUGAGUCCCCAGUUUGUAGUUUAGACAUGGUUCCACAGGCACUGGCCUGUGACUGGCUGCUGGCCUGUCUUCAGCCGGGCCAAGAUGAAAAAGCGGAGAGAUUGAGGACUAUAACAUUAGGUGCUGGCGAUCGGCAGGUCAUCCAGACUCCGAUCAAUGACUCGCUCCCUGUCAGCGGCAGCAGCGUGGCACAGCUGUUCCGACAACUUGGUAUCAUCAACGUACUGUGCCUGUUCUGUGCUGCUUUGACUGAGCACAAGAUCCUGUUCCUGUCUAGCAGCUAUCAGAGGCUAACGGACGCUUGCCGUGGACUGCUGGCUAUCAUGUUCCCCCUCAAAUACAGCUUCACUUAUGUUCCCAUCCUACCAGGAAAACUACUAGAGGUCCUGAGCACUCCCACUCCAUUUAUUAUUGGGGUCAAUUCGUUCUUUCGCUCUGAGACCCAAGAACUGUUGGAUGUGAUCAUUGCUGACCUGGAUGGGGGAACUGUCACCAUCCCUGAGUGUGUCCACAUCUCUCUGCUUCCUGAACCUCUCCUCCAGCAGACCCAGACACUUCUCUCCAUGGUUUUGGAUCCAGAGCUGGAAAUUGCUGAUCAUGCCUUCCCCCCACAAUCCACACAGCCCUCUGCACCCAAGAUCCAGGAUAAGGAGAUCCGGGCAGUUUUUCUGUGGCUGUUCGCGCGGCUCUUCCAGGGCUAUCGCUGGUGUUUACACAUCAUUCGCAUCCACCCCGAACCAGUGAUCCGCUUCCAUAAGGCCGCCUUCCUGGGCCAGAGAGCGCUGUCUGAGGAUGACUUUCUCAUGAAGGUGCUGGACGGCAUGGCAUUCGCUGGUUUCGUGUCAGAGAGGGGGCCUCCCUACAGAGCCACCGAUCUGUUUGAUGAAUUGGUAGCCAAUGAGGUUGAGCGAAUACGUCAAGAGGAGGCCUAUCCACACAGAGCUAUGAAUCACAUAAAAGAGCUGGCUGAGCAGCUUUUCAAAAACGAGAACCCUUACCCCGCCGUGGCCAUGCACAAAGUCCAGCGACCAUCUGACAACCAGAACACUGUGCAGAAUCAGACGCCGUUCCCCGAUCUUGAUGACGUAGCGGUGCAGCUCUUCAUUGACCAUGCCGCCGCAAAACUCAAGACGGCGCCUCCUGUAGUCAAGGCAGAGCAUAAGGCUAUGGUGCCUUCUGGGCCUCCGCUAGGAGAUAUUGUUGACAGAAAUGGCAGCAUGAUAGCUAACAGCGCCCGCCGCCUGGAGGUGGUCAGGAACUGCAUUACGUACAUCUUUGAGAACAAGAUGCUGGAGGCCAAGAAGCUGAUGCCAGCCGUUCUACGAGCACUGAAGGGCCGGGCAGCGCGGAUAUGUUUGACCCAGGAGCUCAAUCAGCAUGUGCUACAGAACCGAGCAGUGUUAGACGACCAGCAGUUUGACUACAUAGUCCGCAUGAUGAACUGCACUUUACAGGACUGUUCACAUAUGGAUGAACAUGGAAUUGCAGCAGCCCUUCUUCCACUGGUCACUGCAUUCUGCAGGAAAAUGGGCGCAGGCAUCACCCAGUUUGCCUACAGCUGUGUACAGGAACACAUGGUGUGGACCAACAUGCAGUUUUGGGAAGCCAUGUUCUACAGCGAUGUCCAGAACCACAUAAGAGCUCUGUACCUGGAAACGGACAAUGGAGUGCAGCAGAACAACGUGGAGCAACAGGAUGGUUCUGGUGGCACGAGGGAAAUCAGCGCCCUGGAGCUGGCGUCGGAGCAGAGCCGACUAUGGCCAACGCUCAGCAAGGAAAUGCAGGCGGAGCGCGUGCAGAAGGAGGAGAGCACGGUGUUCAGUCAGGCCAUCCACUAUGCCAACAGGAUGAGCUACCUGCUGCUGCCGCUGGACACCAGCAAAAACCGCCUGCUGAGGAGCUCGGGCCUCGGAGACGUGGAGAGCGUCAGCAACAGCUAUGUCACAAACAGUAUUGCUGGCAGCAUGGCAGAGAGCUACGACACAGAGAGCGGCUUCGAGGAUGCAGAGAGCUCAGACGUGGCCAACUCGGUGGUGCGCUUCAUUAACCGUUUUGUAGACAAAGUGUGUAAUGAGAGUGGAGUGACCAACGAGCACCUUAAGGCUCUCCACACCAUGAUACCGGAUAUUGUUCAGAUGCACAUCGAGACGUUGGACGCAGUCCACAGGGAGAGUAAGAGGCUGCCUCCAAUCCAAAAGCCCAAACUGCUGAGGCCGACUUUGCUGGCGGGCGAGGAGCUGGUGAUGGAUGGGAUGCGGGUCCACCUGAUACCUGACGGCCGGGAGGAGGCCACAGGGCAGAUGGGAGGUCCACCUCUACUCCCCGCUGAGGGCGCCAUCUUCCUCACCACCUACCGGCUCAUCUUCAAGGGCACGCCCACAGACCCUCUUGUGGGCGAGCAGGUGGUCACACGAUCGUUCCCUAUCGCAUCUCUGACCAAGGAGAAGAGAAUCUCGGUCACUUUACCCAUGGACCAGUUUGUUCAGGAGGGACUCCAGCUUAGAUCCUGCACUUUCCAGCUGAUGAAGAUUGCGUUUGAUGAGGAGGUUGCGUCAGACCUAGCUGAGGUUUUCAGGAAGCACGUGCACAAGCUACGUUACCCUCAGCACGUCCAGAGCACCUUCGCCUUCACUGUGGGCCAGAGCUGUAAGAUAAUGGUGGAGCACAAGACCAAGGACAAAAACCAGUCACUCAAAACACUUUCUAAGAACCUGGUGAAAAGUGCCAAGCGGACCAUUGGCCGUCAAAAUGUGACCAGAAAGAAGUUUUCUCCCCCCACCUGGGAGAACAGGAGCAGCAUGCAAUCACAACUUGAUGAGGAUGAAAUCUCAGUGUCGGAAGAGGUGGACCAGACCACCCUGACCCUCUCCUCCACCAUCCGCUCAUCGGACAGGCAGACCAUGAGCAAUGUGGUGGAGCGAGCCUGUUGCCGUGACUACCAGCGCCUGGGUUUGGGUACACUCAGUAACAGCCUGACGCGGUCAAAGAAUGAGCCGUUCAGGAUUUCGACUGUUAACCGCAUGUACACGUGCUGCAGGAGCUACCCUGGCCUACUCAUUGUGCCACAGAGCAUUCCAGACAAUACCAUCCAGAGAAUCUGCCGCUGCUACAGACAGAACCGUUUUCCUGUGGUCUGCUGGAGGAAUUCAAGAACUAAGGCCGUCCUGCUGCGCUCUGCAGGCCUUCAUGCCAAGGGAGUCGUGGGCUUUUUCAAGUCGCCCAACGCCCCCACUUCAGUGCCCUCCCAGGCAGAUUCCACUAGUCUGGAGCAGGAGAAAUACCUGCAGGCCAUCAUCAGCUCCAUGCCUUCCUACAGUGAGAGCAGCGGCAGGAACACGCUCAGCGGCUUCACCUCCACACACAUGAACACCUCUGACUCGUCGGACAAACUGAGGCAGCCCAAGAUUGGUGCGCUGAUGAAACAGGUGAUGGGUGGCAAAGAAGACAUUCCUGGAACAUUUAGUAGAGGAGCUCUGGGUCAAAGGGCGAAAGUCAUCUCCCUCUCUCAGCCCAAAGUGUCUGGCAAGGCCAGGAACGCUACUAGAGGUAAAUGGGGCAGCAUUCGAGGCAGCGGGCGUCUAAGUGCCUACAAUCCAGACGUGGGGACACGUCUGGCUGGGAAAGAGUCCCCGCAGUCCAACGGAGGGCCCAGUGAGGCGCUGUUCCUCCGCCAGCAGAAGGCCUACCUCUACAUUAUAGGAGACAAGGCCCAGCUUAAGGGCGGGAAGCAGGACUCAUUCCAGCAGUGGGAGGUGGUUCCCAUUGAGGUGUGUGACGUGCGGCAGGUGAAGAACAGCUUUAAAAAGCUGAUGAAGGCCUGUGUGCCAAGCUCCUCGACGUCUGACCCCAACAUGAGUUUCCUGCGCUGCCUGGAAGAGUCUGAAUGGAUGGCUUUGUUGCACAGGGUGCUGCAGGUGUCGGUCCUGGUGGUGGAACUUCUGGACACGGGCUCAUCGGUCAUGGUCAGCCUGGAGGACGGCUGGGACGUCACCACGCAGGUGGUGUCCCUGGUGCAGCUGCUGUCCGACCCCUACUACAGAACGUUCGACGGCUUCCGGUUGUUGGUAGAGAAAGAGUGGCUGUCGUUUGGCCACCGGUUCAGCCACCGCGGAGCGCAGACGCUGGCCAGCCAGAGUAGCGGCUUCACCCCCGUCUUCCUGCAGUUCCUCGACUGCGUGCACCAGAUCCACCUUCAGUUCCCCAUGGAGUUCGAGUUCAGUCAGUACUACCUGAAGUUCUUGGCUUACCACUACGUGUCCAGUCGCUUCCGCACCUUCCUGCUCGACUCGGACUACGAACGCAUAGAGCUGGGAGUGUUGUACGAAGAGAAAGGCGAGAGGAAAAGCCCGCAGGUGUGCAAGUCUGUGUGGGACUACAUCGACAGGCUCCACAAGAAAACGCCCAUCUUUUUCAACUACAUGUUCUCUCCUGAAGAUGACGAGGUGUUGCGGCCGUACACCUUCGUCUCCAACCUGAAGGUGUGGGACUUCUACCAGGGGGAGACCUUGUCAGAGGGGCCGUCCUACGACUGGGAGCUGAGGGGCCGACAGGAGACUGUGGCCGAGGAAGCGCCAGAGAAGCCUGACAGCAGCGGGCCCAAGUCGCAGCGGCACGUCGUGUGGCCGUGCUACGACAACCUGAGCAAGGCCGUGCCUGAUGCCAUCACCAAGCUGUUGCAGGACCUGCAGAGCCUGGAGGCCGAACUGGGCCAGACGUCGGAGAAGUGGAAGGACACGUGGGACAAGAUCAAGGCCGCACAGAGGACUGAAACCAAACUGGAGAGCAAGCCUUCCUUCUCCAGCUCUCUGCUAAUGUCGUCCAACUUGAGCCACCAGCGGCGUUCCCAGGGCGUGUACCUGCAGGAGAGCGGCGUGGGAUCGUCCAUCAACCUGGCCCUGGAGUGCGAGGCGAGUGCCACAUCGACGCCUGUCGCUGGUCGGCCGAGCACCAGCACGCUGUACAGCCAGUUCCAGAGCACGGAGAGUGAGAACAGGAGUUUUGAAGGCAUCUUGUAUAAAAAAGGGGCGUUGUUAAAACCAUGGAAGCCCCGGUGGUUCGUGCUGGACAAGACAAAGCAUCAGCUGAGAUACUAUGAGACCAGGCAGGACAAGGACUGUAAGGGGGUGAUUGAGCUGGCUGAAGUGGAGUCCGUCACACCAGGAACGCCCACCAUGGGGGCCCCGAAAAACAUUGACGAGAAAGCCUUUUUCGACCUGAAGACGACCAAACGCAUGUACAACUUCUGCGCCCAGGACAACCUGAACGCACAGCUGUGGAUGGACAGCGUUCAGAGCUGCUUGUCGGACGCCUAGCGCUCGGCUGGACUCGCCCAUCUGCAGCAAAGCAGGGAGAGGAAAAGGGGCCUUUCACCACUUAAGCUCUGUUUUUUUGCUAGUGUUGAACUAAUAACCUUGCGUCACAAAGCUUCAGUGUUUUUGUUAUAAAAAAUCUUUUUUAAAAAAGAUAAAAAGGAAAAAAAAAAGUCCCGGAAGAACCACUCGCUGUCGUCUCACCUCUCGCAGUUUGACCACUAUGUGCGCUGGAUGUCAGUGUGCACACAUAACAUAUAAUGCAGAUAAAAGCAUGUUGCAUAUUCUGUGAGGCGUCCUGCAGCCUGGACCAGCAUGAAGAUCUUUCCAGAUUUGACUUACUAACCCUUUAAAACACUCUGGAGAGGAAUGAUGGAUCGGCUGCAGCCGCCCAACAACCCGUGGAGAACAUGUUCAAAGGAUGUAACAACAUGUAACGACCAAAACAUCCCAGAGCAAAACACACACACACACACACACACACACACACACACACACACACACACACUGCCUGAUGUAGCCCAUUCCCAGUAUAUUUCCGUUUAUAGGAAGUGGAGUGUGUCGUUGCACUCCACUCACAACCACACAACAACCACUCAUGAAGGAUUUUCCAUUUUCUUUCCUAAAGCCUCGGACCAGGACGACCAACGCGCAUCACCUGUACUUUGAAAGCCAUUAGUCACAGAUCAAACUAGGAGAGUCGGUUCAGAGAUAAGAAGGUGUCCCGUAUGGAGCGUGUCUGUGAAUUUUUACUUUCAGAGUGUUUACAAAGUAGACAGAACGCUUGCUCAUGCUCCACUGUCCCCCCCUCCCCCAAACAAUUCAGAUGUUUAAGGGAAGCCGUAGGAAAAAGGAGGGAUUUCUUGUGUAGUGACGCCUUUGAAACUGUUAAGAUGGAAGGAGCAAAGAUCGAGAGGAUGCCAACGAAGGAUGGGAUGGGAUGCUUCAGAGAGCUUUUAACAAUGCACAGGCAGUUGCCAGAGUGUCAGAAACAAGAUGCUUGACAGGGAGAAAAUGGCUGAUUUUCAGCUGAGGUCUUGUAACCGUGUCCAUUGUGACUGAAACCCACGUUAGAUUCAUUCCAGACUCUGAAGCAAACAGAUUCUGCAGAAACAUCAGGCACAGCUAUGCCCCCGCCAACAUCAUCAUCAGCCGUUCUACAGUUCUACAGAAACGCCUACUCCAGGACUCCAUUGUCCAUGCACGCAUCACCAUGGUAACCGCAUCAACAGUCUAGGGUGUGUCACUAAGCGUUGAAGACGUACACAAACAGAUCGCUGAGCUGGAAGCGGUUGAUAUUUAGAUGCUUCCACAACCUCACACCUCUGCUCACCCCCCUCUUCCACACACAAAUGAACCACAGUUGUUAACACAAAUCUUGCGAUGUAAAAUAUGUUCUACUGCUGUCUUUGUUGAACAUACAUUUUGAAAUUGUAGAUUUUUUUUUGUCUAAUAACUUCUUUGUAUAUACUACUUCAGAUUUGUAUGUAACGUUUAUAGUAGUAAUUUAUUUAACUUGUCUCCUUAGUAAGAAAGUUCCUCAAGCACCACUUUAUGUUUAAAUUAGGAAUUCAAUGUGCCAUUUGUUAAUUUUCUGUAUUAAUGUGACUAAUAUUUCUUUUUUUUUUUGGGUAAACCCUCUCCAUUUUCAGUUUUUUUUUGUGUAUUUGAACACGACUGUCCUUAUUCAACACCAACUAUAUUAAUGGCCAGAGUGAAAAAUGGCAUCUUAGUGGAAGUGGAAACCUGCUGGUGUUGAAAGGCUGGUUGGAUUUUUUUUUAAACUAAUGUGUUGCUAUGGGUGCGGAUCACAGUCGGAUAUAGCCAACGAUCUCACUGCUGCCAACUUUAACCAUCUAUAGGAAGCUGCCUAAAUGGGGGGGGGGGGGUAAAAUCUAUCAUAAAACUCUGUAGUGUACUUUUAAAAAGGGAUGAUAAUUUAUCAAAUGAUUUGGUCUGUAACAUUUUCUAAAACUUGUAUUCGUCAAUGUGACCUCUUCGGACACAGAGUCUGUGUCCUACGAGCCUUUAAUCACUGUUCCUGUUUAUACUGAAUAACUAACACGAUUCAAAAUAGAAGCGCGCGCACCAUCGAAGUGGUCAACUUACUUGACCUCAUAAUAAUCUUCCCGUGAGCAGCAGAUUGGGCCAAUGUGACGUUGGGACUGUGGUUCGCACCCGAGGUCUGACCCAGCUCAUCUUUUCGCUGUAGCUCACUCAUCUCUCUGUGGUCACUCUACAGCAAUCGGUGAGAUUAAUUACAAUAAUGUCAUACUUUUUAUUUAUUUUUUAUUUUUUAUUAGAAAUGACCUUCUGAGCCGGGUUACGUUGUCAAUCAUAUCAGUAUAGUUUUUAGAAUCCAAAUAAAAUAAAAUCCAAGGGUUUAAAUGUU